GGCUGCUUGUGUGCAUCAGCGUUCUACAAUUAUUAUAAGCAAAACCAAGAGGAAGGUAUGUACCUUGUGUAUGUCUCUGAGAAAGGGGAGGCCGUUAAAACACCCCUAGAGAUAGAACGCGUCGUUGCUAAGUUCCCUGAUCUGUUCGAAGAGCCCACAGGAGUUGUUGAAAGGGAAGUUGUCCACGCUAUAGAAAUCAUUCCAGGGAGUAAGACCCAAAAGGGAAGGAUCUAUAGGAUGGCUCCCGCCGAGUUAGAUGAACUUCGGCAACAGUUUAAGGAGUUGACAGAAAAGGGAUGGAUUCGGCCUAGUACUUCCCCUUAUGGAACUUCCGUGCUAUUCGUACCGAAGAAGGGGGGUACAUUGAGGAUGUGCAUUGACUAUAGAGGCCUCAAUGCCGUCACUGUGAAGAACGCAGAGCCUCUACCUCGCAUAGACGACCUAUUGGAUAGGGUGCAGGGAUGCAAGUACUAUAGCAAGAUAGACUUGAAAUCCGGCUAUCAUCAGAUCGCUAUAAGGCCUGAGGACCAACACAAGACAACUUUUCAGACUCGUUAUGGUCUGUAUGAGUUUGCAGUGAUGCCUUUUGGUCUUUGUAAUGCGUCGGGAACAUUUCAGCACGCUAUGAAUCGGAUCUUCCAUGACCAUUUAAAUAAGUUUGUCGUGGUCUACCUAGACGACAUCUUGAUCUUUAGUAAGUCUGCCGAGGAGCACGCACAACACGUUGAGAUUGUACUCUCACUCCUACGACAGCACAAGUAUAAGGUCAACUUAGAGAAGUGUGAGUUUGGUCUCACUAAGAUACUAUACUUGGGUCAUGAAGUAUCCGCGGAAGGGAUUAGGCCGGAAGAUGCGAAGGUGGCUAGUAUUCGAGACUGGCGACGACCUCAAACAUUCACUGAGGUCAGAUCAUUCUUAGGAAUGUGCGACAACUAUAGGAACUUUGUAAAGAACUAUUCUAAAGUCGCGUCUCCUUCGACUGAUCUAACUCGACUUGACACACCGUGGGACUGGAGUGAUGAGUGCGAGGGUGCUUUCAAGAGAUUGAAGCAUGCACUCAUGAAUCAUGAGGUCCUCAUGGUUCCCGAUCCUCAAAAGCCAUUCAUAGUGACCACUGACGCAAGCCAAUACGACAUAGGCGCAGUGCUGGCUCAGCAGGAUGGGAAAAAGUUGAGACCGAUCGAGUACAUGAGCAAGAAGAUGCCAUCGAAGAAGUUGGCAAAGUCCACCUACGAAAGGGAACUCUAUGCUCUAUACAAAGCACUUGUCCAUUGGAGACACUUCCUGUUGGGAAGGUUCUUCUACUUGAGGACUGAUCAUCAGACCCUCAAAUGGAUCAAGACUCAACCGGCUCUUUCUGGCGCACUCAAGCGAUGGAUUGAGGGCAUAGACCAAUAUGACUUCAAGCUUGAGUAUCUGAAGGGAGAGUAUAACAAGGUUGCUGAUGCGCUAUCACGUAAAGCAGACUACCUUGGUGCGCUAGUUUCUGACUUAGGCGUAUCUGAAGAAGUAACUCAAUCAUUGGUUGGAGCCUAUCAGGAAGACCCUGUCACGAUGGACAUCAUGCGCAAACUUCAGGCUAAAGACAAGGCCACGAAAAGUGAGUUUGUGAUGGUGGACGAGUUACUCUAUCUUGAUAAGGCCGGAAUAAAAAGAUUAGUAGUUCCAUCUAGUGAGCGAUUGCGUAGUUUGUUUUUAGGCGAAUGCCAUGACGCAACUGGGCACUUUGGCUACAAGAAGACGAGUGCUAACCUAGUACAACGAUUUUGGUGGCCAGGAAUGUUCGAUGACGCAAAGAAGUACGUAGAGACCUGUCAGGUCUGUCAGUGGGACAAACCGCGAACUCGAGCACCGCUUGGGUUGUUGAAGCCUCUGCCUAUUCCUGCUGGUCCAGGACAGAGUGUUUCCAUGGAUUUCAUGGACACCCUGGUGACUAGCAAGAGUGGCAAGAGGCACAUCUUCGUCAUCAUCGAUCGAUUCACCAAGUACGCUAGACUAGUGGCUAUGCCAGAGACCGCAAGAACCGACUAUGUCAUCAAGUUGUUCAAAGACAACUGGCAUGCUUAUGCGCCUGUGUUGCCAAAUACAUUUGUUUCGGAAGAGCUUUUGGAUGCGAUUACCCCAUUCUUGAUGGGUGUCCACUCCAGUGUCAAUCUUCCCGAACCUGAAUAUCUUCCCGCUGAGGUGAGUUUGUUGUCUUGCAUGGUUGGGACUGUGGACCAUUGUGUUGUCCGCACUCACCGCUAGCCUGCAAGUUGUCCUGUUGAAUUCUUUUUAUAAGAUGCAGGCUUGCUAG